AACAGCAUCUCAAAACGCUAAGUGGAUAACCACGAAGUACCGUUUGGGCAUUCUAUAACCGUUUUGUACCAUACUCAAUGUCAACAGUACGGUGGUGCUUUUGGAAAUUCACGAGAACAGACAAAAUGGCUGGCCAGUCGGAUCAGAAACAAUUUGAGUCUCUUUUACAGACUCUUAUGAACCCUGAUAAUGAAACAAGGACGAAAACAGAAGAGGUAUAUGAGAAGCUUCCAAUUGCCCAGAAGGUGACUUUCCUGGUCACUUCUUUGAGAAGUGCUGACAAUGCUAUUGAGAUCAGAACAUUGGCGGCAGUGUUGCUAAGGAGACUGUUCACCAACGAUUUCUCAGAAUGGUGGCCAAAGCUGCCCCCAGAGAUUCAGGAGGGUCUGAAGAAAGAACUCAUGAAUGCCAUUCAAGAGGAGUUAACUCCCCCUGUGAAACGCAAAAUCUGUGAUGCAGCAGCUGAGUUGUCUCGAAAUCUCAUAGAUGAUGAUAACGCCCAGCAGUGGACAGAUUUCUUGAAGUUCAUGUUUGACUGUGCAAACAAUGAAGACCCCAGUCUUAAAGAAAGUGCUUUGCAUAUAUUUAGCGUGGUGCCAGGUAUAUUCGGUGACCAGCAGACCCACUACCUCGAUGUGAUACGGCAGAUGCUGCACCAGAGCCUGGCCUUCCAGGACAGUCCCGCCGUCUGCUUCGAGGCCGUCAGGGCCACCACAGCAUUCCUCAUCAACAAUGAGGGAGACUCCCAGAUUGUGUCACACUUCAGAGACCUGCUGCCAGGAGUCAUUCAUGCUGUAUCAGAAAGUGUUAAUCAACAGGAAGACGACGGUAUUCUAAAAUGUUUAAUUGAACUCGCAGAGAAUGUCCCAAAGUUUUUGCGUCCCCAAGUAGAGAAUGUGAUCACAUUUUGUAUGAAGGUAUUGUCCGACACAAAUCUUGAAGACUCCUGGAGACAGCUGGGACUGGAGGCCAUCGUGUCCCUGGCUGAGACUGCCCCAGGCAUGGUGCGCAAGUGUGCUAAACUACUUCCCAUGCUUGUGCCCCAGGUGCUGGCUAUGAUGGUGGACCUGGAGGACGAGGAGGACUGGGCGGUCAGUGAUGAGGUAGAAAACGAGGAUGAUGAUAGCAACGCUGUUGCUGGAGAGAGUGCUCUGGACCGGCUGUGCUGUGCCCUGACUGGUGUCACCAUGCUGCAGCAUAUCCUGGCCAACAUACCACAGAUGUUACAGAACAGUGACUGGCGGUACCGUCAUGCAGCCCUGAUGGCUAUAUCAGCAUGUGGGGAGGGCUGCCAUGCUCAGAUGGAGACCAUGCUAGGCAACGUCCUUGACUGUGUGCUGCCCUUCCUUAAAGAUCCACAUCCUCGUGUCAGAUAUGCAGCCUGUAAUGCAGUGGGUCAGUUGUCAACAGAUUUUGGGCCAAACUUUCAGAAGAAGUUCCAUAGCAGAAUCGUCUCAGAGCUGCUCCUGGUGAUGGAUGAUGACGCCCAUCCCCGGGUUCAGACUCACGGCGCGGCGGCGCUGGUCAACUUCAGUGAAGACUGCCCCAAGUCAAUCCUGGUCGUCUACAUCAAUGACAUCAUGGACAAGCUGGAGAAAGUGCUCUCCAAUAAGAUGAAAGAGCUGAUGGAGAAGGGAACCAAGAUGGUUCUGGAGCAGAUGGUCACAACUCUUGCGUCUGUAGCCGACACAGCGGAGGAGAAGUUCAUCACAUACUAUGACAGGUUCAUGCCAUGCCUGAAGUACAUUGUACAGCACGCAGACAACACAGAGUACAAGCUGUUGAGAGGCAAGACCAUAGAAUGUAUAAGCCUAAUAGGGCUGGCUGUAGGCAGGGAUAAGGUGAGAGGCAAGACCAUAGAAUGUAUAAGCCUAAUAGGGCUGGCUGUAGGCAGGGAUAAGGUGAGAGGCAAGACCAUAGAAUGUACAAGCCUAAUAGGGCUGGCUGUAGGCAGGGAUAAGGUGAGAGGCAAGACCAUAGAAUGUAUAAGCCUAAUAGGGCUGGCUGUAGGCAGAGAUAAGGUGAGAGGCAAGACCAUAGAAUGUAUAAGCCUAAUAGGGCUGGCUGUAGGCAGAGAUAAGGUGAGAGGCAAGACCAUAGAAUGUAUAAGCCUAAUAGGGCUGGCUGUAGGCAGGGAUAAGGUGAGAGGCAAGACCAUAGAAUGUACAAGCCUAAUAGGGCUGGCUGUAGGCAGGGAUAAGGUGAGAGGCAAGACCAUAGAAUGUACAAGCCUAAUAGGGCUGGCUGUAGGCAGGGAUAAGGUGAGAGGCAAGACCAUAGAAUGUAUAAGCCUAAUAGGGCUGGCUGUAGGCAGAGAUAAGGUGAGAGGCAAGACCAAGCUGUUGAGAGGCAAGACCAUAGAAUGUAUAAGCCUAAUAGGGCUGGCUGUAGGCAGAGAUAAGGUGAGAGGCAAGACCAUAGAAUGUAUAAGCCUAAUAGGGCUGGCUGUAGGCAGAGAUAAGGUGAGAGGCAAGACCAAGCUGUUGAGAGGCAAGACCAUAGAAUGUAUAAGCCUAAUAGGGCUGGCUGUAGGCAGAGAUAAGUUCAUGCAAGACUGCAGUGAUGUGAUGCAGCUGUUGUUGAAGACACAGACGGACAUGAAGGACCUUGCAGACGACGACCCUCAGAUUUCGUACAUGAUAGCAGCCUGGGCCAGGAUGUGUAAGAUUCUGGGCAAGGAUUUUGAGCAGUACCUGCCCCUUGUAAUGGGCCCAGUAUUGCAGGCAGCCUCUCUCAAACCUGAGGUCACACUGCUAGACAGUGAAGAUGUUUCAGAAGUGGAGAACGACACCGAUUGGCAGUUUGUAACCCUGGGGGACGCGCAAAGUUUCGGCAUCAAGACUGUGGGUCUGGAGGAGAAGUCGACGGCGUGUCAGAUGCUGGUCUGCUAUGCCCGGGAGCUGAAGGAGGGGUUUGCUGCUUACACACAGGAGGUGGUCAACCUCAUGGUGCCUCUACUCAAGUUCUAUUUCCAUGAUGAGGUGCGAAUGUCGGCAGCAGAAAGCCUUCCAUACCUAAUAGAGUGUGCCAAGAUAAGAGGGGAGAGCUACGUAGUCGAGAUGUGGAACUACAUCUGCCCUAACCUGCUGCAUGCCAUCAAGAUGGAGCCAGAAAUAUCAGUGCUUCCUGACCUCAUGGGGUCACUCGCAAAGUGUGUGGAGAUACUUGGUAAAGGCUGCCUGACUGCUGACUACAUGCAGCAGACACUGGCCAUACUGGACAAAUAUCUCGUGCAACACUUCGAAAGGCAGGCUGAGAGGCAAGAAAAACGGAUGGAUGAGGACUACGAUGAAGUCACAGAAGAACAGCUCUUACAGGAGGACGAUGAGGAUGUGUACAUACUGAGCAAGGUCUCGGACCUCGUGCAUGCGCUGUACGGAACACACAAGGAGGAGUUCAACAUACACUUCGAGACUCUACUACCUCACUUUGUCAAACUCAUUUCGCCAGAAAGACCUUGGCCAGACAGACAGUGGGGCCUGUGUAUAUUUGACGAUGUAUUAGAACAUGCUGGUCCUAGUUCUAUAAAGUAUGAGGAGUUUUUCCUGGAGACCCUGCUCCAGAGUGUGUGUGAUAAGCAGCCCGAGGUACGGCAGGCUGCGCUGUUCGGUGUCGGAGUCAUGGCCAUGUAUGGAGGGGAGGCCUACGCUAAAGUCAUCCCUGAUGUGAUGCCACGAUUACUGCAAAUAAUUCAAGCCCACGACUCACGCUCUGUUGAGAAUGCAAAUCCAACAGAGAAUGCUAUCUCCGCGGUAACUAAGAUCUGCAAGUACCAUAGCAACGUGGUGAACGUGACGGAGUUACUCCCCCUAUGGUUGUCAUGGUUACCGGUGACAGAAGACGAGGAUGAGGCUGCACAUAUCUAUAAUUACCUCUGUGAUCAAAUGGAAGGUGGUAACCAGCUGAUACUGGGAGAGGCCAAUUGCAACCUGCCUGUGUUGAUACAGAUCUUCUCCCAGGCCCUAGCCUGUGAGGUGCUGAACGCAGACGAGGACGUGAAGACGCGGGUUCUACAGCUCACUCGCACUGCACUGGACAACCAGGAGAUAGCCCAGGCCUGCCUUAGUAUACUGACAGACGAGCAAAAGUCUGCUCUACAGAAAGAACUUUCCAAACCUCUACAGCACUGAUGAAGCACACACUAGGUUUGCUGCGGGUGGAAAGUAAUGUGGACAGAAAUGUCUGUUUCCAGUCAUUUGACUCCAGGUGGAUGGCUGAUUGUUAAGAUAUUCAUAAGACUCCCAUUGACAUUAGUUAUUCACAUAAAACAGAACAUUUCUAAACAGUGAAGUAACCUGACUUUUCAAGGAGGGCUGAUUAUCAAGGUGUUUAUUAGAUUCCUAUGGACAUUAUGGACUUACAUUUAAAGAGCAUGUACCAAAAGAUUUUGUAUGCAAAUAAAUAUUGUGAAUGUGUCAAAAUUUAAUAAAAAGUGUGAUAUUCAGUUGAUAUAAAAAGAAAUUGCUAGUCAAUACCUUUUAGAAUUUGGUUGUUUAAAUGCGUUAAACACUCAAUCAAUGUGAUGACUACAUAAGAAAUUUGAUGACAACAGUACACAAUGAAACCAUUAUGAAUUAUUGUAGUUAUCGGAGUGUCUGUUUUUCUCCAUGGAGAUUUAUGCAUAUUUGCCAAGAUGUCAGUUUUUGAAGAAAUGGUCAAUGUUAGGGAUGUUUGUUUCUCUCCUGUGCUUAUCUUUGGAAUGAACUGUUGGCUUGCUGUUGAACAUUACAAGCAAAUUGUUUUCAUGUGUUCAUUACCAUAAGGUGUGGGCAUUGAAUAUUGCGAUGCCUUUCUUAUAUGCAUGUUGAGCUGCUGAUAUGUACAGCCUACCACAUGGAAACACUCUCAUCAAAGUGGGAUCAUUUUGUAUCAAGUUGUUAUGGAUACAACUCAGUUAUUAAUGCAAUAGUGCCUAGUGACCCAAGUAUAGGAAAAUGGUUCUUAUGCAACAUGUGGACGCUGUAGCUCCAGCCCAGCCUGCGCAUCCACCGGUGUGAAACUACACUGGAGCUCCUGCGUGCGCAUCCACCGGUGUGAAACUACACUGGAGCUCCAGCCCAGCCUGCGCAUCCACCGGUGUGAAACUACACUGGAGCUCCAGCCUGCACAUCCACCGGUGUGAAACUACACUGGCCAUAAAUGCCAAAAUACCGAGUUUGAAUCAUUUGGGUAGUAUCACUCAGCAUGAAAAGGGCUUAAUACAACAUUGGAUACUUAUAUGAACGUUUUAAAUCCAUUGAUAUCAUCUAACCUUUGUUUGAACUUGACCUAAUUUUAAUUCAUUUAAAUGGGUUGUAUAAUACCACAUUUGGACAUAUAUGUUUAUGGAGGACAGUAUUUUUUAUUACAUUUGUUUGCUUAUUGUUGGAAAAAAAAUGUUGUGUUGUUUCAGCCAUUUUAUUGUUAAGAUCAAUUUCUUUAUUUGGCAUAAUUUCAAUAAUUAUGUGGGGACAAAAUGUAAUAAACUUCACUCUAGAAAGACAUUUUCUAGACAGAAAAGUUUUUAUAUUUAUGGAACAGAACCUUUCAAGCAUUUUUAAGACAAGUCAUUUGUUCAAAUGCUACUGUUCAAUUUCAGAAACCUUAAAUAUAUCUAGAAAUUUGAGUAAGAUAUUAUUUCAGUGUUCACACAAAUGAUUGUAUUUCACUAUUAGUCACUCCAUUUUCUUGGCAUAUUUUUGUGUCAUUAUUCAGUUUUCGUAUUGGCAAUUUUAGGAAAAGAAUAUGAUGGGGGAAGGAACUCUGGUUCUGAAUGGUUUACCACCAAUGCAAUUUAAUUAAUUUUUACACAGUUAUAUUUUAUUUUAUGGCGAUAUUUCAACCCAACAGACCCAAUUUUAAAAGAAUGGUUUUCUCCCCCCAUAUUUUUUUCAUGGAAUAGCCCAUAACCAUAACCCAUGUAUUCUUGUGGCAUUGAUUAUUUACUUUAUAUACGUGUGCUUAAUAAUUAUAUUCUGUUUAUGUACUGUUUAUUUUUCUUUCUUUUAUAACUCAGUAUAACUAACAAAUGUCUAAUUGAAGAAUCGCAAAACAAUAUUGCAGCAAAUCUUUGCAAUAAAUUUAAAGUUAUAAAAAAUAUCACAAAGUUAAUAUAUUUUGACAAUAUUAUUUUAUUCAUAGAAGUGUCAUUUAAAAGAAUAUCUUAUCCAAUGGAUUAUAUUUUAUUCAUCCAAAAAGAUAUUGAAAUGUUAAAUAUAUAUGUGUACAGGUUUAGCUUUUAUAAAGCUGUGUAUAAUUUUGGGAUAUUUUGAUUUGUAUGAUGUAUAAUUCCAUUGUAUAAGUAUCGACACCAUAUUUCUCAGAAUUAUACAACAUGUUCCUAAUGAAUGUGCAUCAAAGAGAUUGAAUGCCCAAUCUGUACUAAUGGGUAGUUUUUGAAAAAUGCACAUGUAUUUCAUCAACUCUUGUAAAAUGUUAUACAUUUCAGAAAUCACAAUUUUCAAAAUUAGCAAUUGUUGGACUUACUACUAGAAGAUGAAAUUACGUGAAACAAUCCUAACUUGCAAUUAAAAGAAAUUGCACUCUGGGAAACCAGGCUGAAUGCAUGUGAAAGAGAGUAUCGGCCCAAAUAAGCCUGUGAAUUCUGCACAGGUUAUGCGGGGACGACACUUUGCUUUUAUGAAAUUUUUCCUCAAAAGAAAGUCUCUACAAAAUUAUAAUCGAGUCCGGGCGGAAAGAGUUGUCCAAUAUAAACCCAUGCGGAAUGCAAUCCAGUCCAGGCGGAAAGAUUUGUCCCAUAUGAACCCAUGCAUAGGCUAAUUUGGGAGGAUACCUUGCACUUAUUUACAUAAAUAGGUAUCUUGAGAUUUAAAAACUAUUGAGCAAAUAAAUGUUUUAAAAUCUGCGUGACUAAAUGGGUAUUUCAAGGUUAAGAGUUUGUAUUUUUUACACUGCCAAAAAUUAUGUUUUAUUUGGAAACUAAUUGGUGCACUGAAUUUAUAUGGUAUAAAACCAUUGAUGAAAGUUCUUUAAUAGUAUGGGAGAAUACUGCAGAAAGUAUUGUGUUGUGUAGAAAUGAUCUUCGUUUAAUCUUGCACUUAUCAAUAAUACCUAAAAAGGUUGGAAUAAUUGAUAAAACGGUGACGUGGAAUUAGUAGGUUUUAUUGUAAUUGGUUUUGUGGACAUGAUUCUACAGCGUUUACUGCAAUAUUAUGCAAUAAACAGAUGUACCGGUACAAAGAAUUAAAAUCUGUGUAUCAUGUUUAAACCAAGGUUAGUAACACUCGAUUGGUCAUUGUGGGCUCAGAUACUUCUUAAAUGUACCCUGGGUACUCUUAAGUAUACUUACAUGUACCCCGGGUAUGGUAAACAUACUAAAGGUACAUGUACACAGGAAUUUUAACGCUUAAUGGGUCGUUGUCGGCUAUUUUUAGCUCACCUGUCACAAAGUGACAUGGUGAGCUUAUGUGACCGUGUGAUGUCCAGCGUCCUUAUUAGUGUAGAGGUCGCAGUUUUCAUCGAAUCUUUAUGAAAUUUGGUCAGAAUGUUUAUCAUGAUGAAAUCUGUGUUGGGAUUGUAUUUGGUUCAUCUUGGGUCAAAAACUAGGUCACUAGGUCAAAUAAUAGAAACACCUUGUGUAGACAAUAGAGGUCACAGUUUUCAUCCAAUCUUCAUGAAAUUUGGUCAGAAUGUUUGUCUUGAAGAAAUCUGGGUUGGGAUUGUAUUUGGGUCAUCUGGGGUCAAAAACUAGGUCACUAGGUCAAAUAAUAGAAAAACCUUGUUUAGGCAAUAGAGGUCACAGUUUUCAUCCAAUCUUUAUAAAAUUUGAUCAGAAUGUUUAUCUUAAUGAAAUCUGAGUUGGGAUUGUAUUUUGGUCACCUGGGGUCAAAAACUAAGUCAAUAGGUCAAAUAUUAGAAAAACCUUGUGCAGACAAUAGAGGUCACAGUUUUCAUCCAAUCUUUAUGAAAUUUGGUCAGAAUGUUUAUCUUGAUGAAAUCUGGGUUGGGAUUGUAUUUGGUUAGUCAGGUGAGAGAUUCAGGGCCAUCAUGGCCCUCUUGUUUUUGAAUUAAUUAUGUUAACAUUUAUGUCAAUUGUCUGUUAAAUGGCCUCUGUAUUAUCAAAACUCGUACACAAAAAGCAUGUUGAUGCAUUUUAUUUUUUUUAAAGAAAAGUUGUUUAAGAUAAAUAAUAUAAUUUUACCAUAAUCGGUAGCGUGUUUUACGACAUCGGAUUUUUGGCGGGAAUACAACUCUGGUACAGUAAUAUGGACCUGGGGUACAUGUAAGUAUACUUAAAAGUACCUGGCAUACAUGUAAGUAGUUCCAGAGCUGACAAUGACCAGUCGAGAGUUAGUAACUACUUAACCUCAUUAAGGACUAGUCCAUAUUUGUUUCACUUUUAUGACUCUGUUAUAAAAAUAUUUGCAUGGUGUUCUGUCUUCUAUUUGAAUAUUUUCAAGUGUGGUUUUGUUUAUGCUUUGUCUGAUUUUAUGGCACAAUUUUUGUGUGAAAUAACCAUCCCUUUUUAUGGCAGUUUUUUUUCCCUCAAUUUAUCUGCCUAGCUGAUGUGCUUUCAUUUUGGGAAACAGUCUGAUGCGAUGCCUCUCAGUUAGUGUAUACAACUAUAUAUAUGCCCCCCUUCGAAGAAGAGGGGGUAUUUUGUUUUGCACAUGACGGUCCGUCUGUUGGUCAGUCAGUCCGUCCACCAAAUGGUUUCUGGAUGAUAACUCAAGAACGCUUAGGCCUAGAAUCAUUAAACUUCAUAAGUACAUAGGUACAUUUGAAGGGCAAAUGACCCCUAUUGAUUUUCAGGUCACUAGGUCAAAGGUCAAGGUGUUUUUUUGGGGGGGGGGCAUAUGUCUCCGACCGCGGAACACUUGUUUAGACUGUAUGUUAGAAUGUGGAAAUUGAUUUACUAGAAUGAAGAAACAUAAACAUUUUGCGUUCAAAUUGUAGAUAAUGUAUCACUGUAAAUGCAAUAUGCAGAUUAUUUUUGUGCUAAUUGUUAAAAUUUUGAUUGAAUGUAUUUAUGUAUUCUUCGUAGUAAUAUGUGUUGUGUGUUGGUCAAGAAGAAUAUUGAGAUUUGCUAGAGUGAGACUGUGUUUUUGCUAUAACCACACAAUAAAAAUUGCUUUACCUGA